GGAUUAUUCCAGCAUCUGGUUUCUUUGGUUCCCAUCUCGUGCGCUCUUCACCUGCAUGGAUGAGGAUUAUUGAGGAAGCAGCUGGCAGGUUGUCUCGCAGCAGAGGAGCCUGAUCUUCUCUGAAGCUGCCAGCGAGCGUUGAGUUGCAGGGUUCAGAAAUCCCUGCGCUGCACUCGCCUCAGUCUCAGGGCGCUCCGGCGUUUGCAGCUCCGGUUUAAUUAAAGAGGAGAAAACUAUCUCAAAAUGCAAAGAAGAUUAUCUUGCUUAGCUUGAAGUUCCUGUUUUUUGUUGCUGACAGAUCUAUCAGGUUUGUUCAGACAGAUCAGAGAUCAGCUGAGAGCCUGGCCUGAAUAACUGCUUCUGUCUGAGGAAAUAAAACUGAGUUAUAAAGGCUCCCUCCUGGAUUAUUGGUGGAAUACAUUGUUCUCUAACUGCCCCUCUGCUGCCUCCUCCUUGUUCUGGAUUCUAGUCUCCACGCUCCAGCUUGACCUCCCGGUUUUUGCAGGAUAAAUCCCCUCCAGCACAUUCAUCUUAUUGUUUCUGGGAGGAACAUGCCAGAACUGGAAUCCGAAUGAAAAUAAAGCAGAGGAAGAAGUGACAGAGCUGGAGAGGAAGGAGCCUGAAGGGCAGAUGGCUCAGAAACACUAACAUCUGGAUGAAUAAAACAUGUGAGCAGAGGAGGGGGGUCGUGACAUCUGGAGGAGAAAUGAAUGACUCUUUUUCCACUUCAUCUUCCUCGUUUCUCAUUCUGCUCAGUUUUUGAGGACUAACAUCUGCGUUGGGUUCACCCUCAUGUUUCUGCCCCUGUGGAGCUCAGUCACCUGAUCACACAGAAACCAGCGUCUUUGACCCCCCUCCCUCGUUGUGCUCUGUCCGUGUGAUGGUGCAUCCCCUCCUCCCGGUCCAGGAGACAUGCCUGUGCUGGAGAUGGCAGUGAGUCCUGUGAAGUCCCUGCUCUGGGAGCAGUUCCCCCCCAUGUCGCAGUCCCGCGUCUACUCCUCCACCGUCCACCACGAAGGCCUGCUGUAUGUGGUGGGGGGCUGCAGCGAGACCGGCACGCCCCUGGACAGCGUCGAGGUUCUGGACGUAGAGAGCCAGACAUGGAGCCAGCUUCCGCCUCUGCCCAGGGCUCGGGCGGGGGCUUCAGCUGUGGUGCUGGGGGGCCAGGUGAUGGUGCUGGGAGGCAUGAACCGGCAGCAGACACCACUGGCUUCUGUGGAAAUGUACCAUCCUGACGAGGGGAAGUGGGAGACAAAGGCCAGUCUGGGUCAGCCCUCCAUGGGGGUCACAGCAGUGGAGAGAGAUGGGAAGGUGUAUGCGCUGGGGGGUAUGGGAGCAGAUACGGCCCCCCAGGCCCUGGUCAGGCUUUACGAUGCAGAGAAGGACCAGUGGCAGCCGCUGACGUCCAUGCCAACCCCGCGAUACGGAGCCACGCCCUUCUUGAGAGGAAACAGAAUCUACUUGAUGGGCGGUCGUCAGGGGAAACUGCCGGUGACGGCACUGGAGGCGCUGGACCUGGAGGUGAACAGCUGGACGCGGUACCCCUGCAUCCCCAGCAGGAGGGCCUUCUCCUGCUGCGCCAGCAGCGGGCGGAGCCUCUUCAGCCUGGGGGGGCUCCAACAGCCAGGGCCCCACAACUUCUACUCCCGGCCUCACUUUGUCAACACCAUGGAGGAGUACGACCUGGAUCAAGGAGUUUGGAUCAAACCCAGCCGAACGUCACGGAUGAAGGAGAAGAGGGCGGACUUCGUGGCCGGCAGCCUGGGAGGAAGACUGGUGGUGUUAGGUGGUCUGGGUAACGAGCCGUCGCCGCUGGGCUCGGUGGAGAGCUACGACCCGGUGAAGCGGCGCUGGGAGUACCUGGCGCCCAUGCCCACCGCACGCUGCUCCCCCGCUCUGCUGCAGACACCCAGCAUGCUCUUUGUCAUCGGAGGAGUGUCCCAAGGACCCAGCAAUGCCGUGGAAGCCCUCUGCCUGCAGGAAACAGUGUGACACGCACACACAGGAAUGUCCAAUUCAUCCACGUUUGAGCAGAAACUCUUCUGACUAACUGACGGAUUCCUCCUGAGCACCGAAGACUUUUGUAACAUUUAACAAGCAUUUCUCAGCAGGAGCCGUUGAGUCCGGAUCAGCUGCUGUGGCGAGGACGCAGAACCCUCGCUUUUUUACAGCGAAGAAACCGGAGGAAGAGAAAAGACGAACGCAGAGCAUUUCUAGCGGACAGAUCUAAUCUGAACAAACAACACGCCUUUGAACUGUUGAACUUUUUUCAGCUUAAAAGCAGGGUACUUUUGUGGAUCUUACAGGAACACAGGGCCAUAUCUGAAUCUCCUCUUUCUGGUGGGCGUAGCUUUCUCUGUCCGCGGUGACGACACCUUCACACAUUUUUCUACAAACUGAGAGCUUGAAUGCAGGCGAGGUGGAAGUCCGUCUGAGAGCAGGGUGCUGAGAAAACCGACAAUGGGACAAGGUGCACCAGUUAACAAAACACCAUUUUUUAGCUGCUGGUUUGCGGUAAACCUCCUUAUGAUUGUUUUAUUUUAGGUAUCAGAUCUCCGUGAUUGGUUUUCUGCUCAGUGUCUUCACACAAAGAAACCAAAUUUUUAGUCCCACAAUUUUAAUAUAUUUCCUCUGAAUCUUGAAACUUAGUCCUGCAUUUACAUUCUCCUGUCCUUAGAGGGUGCUGCAAGCUGCUCAGCGUCCAAACCUCUCGCGCCCCUGCUUUUCAUAAUAGUCGGCUAAAUAGCUUUUCUUUUGGUUCUUGUUCCUUUCUUUUGUGUUUUUUGUAAAUUAAGUGACUCUAGAUGCUACCAUCCACUGCAAACGGGAUCAAAAACAUGUGAUUGACAUGUGAUCACAACAACCCCAGCGGUUCCUCAACUGAAGCUGUCAGAUCUGCCCAUCCGGGCUUUCCAGCCAUCAGUCUCUGAGCUCCGCCCCUCACUCAUCAGCGUUCCUGUCGCAGGUGGAGUUAAUUUGAAGUUAUUUGCUGCACUGAAGCAUCCAGAAAAAUAGAAACAAUUUCUCUACUGAAACCAGGCAGCUGGUGAAGCUCGCUAUAAUGGCGUCCUGCUAAGUUCAGUCACCACCAAAAUGGUUUAUGAUCUCUCUGACCUGUGGAUAUACAUUAGUGUGAAUCUAUGCUAUGUAAAGCAGUGGUUCCUGACCUGUGCGCCGCGGACCGGUACUGGUCCGAUGGACAGUUGGUACCAGGCAGCAGAGGAAAAAAAAACACAAUCUGCAUUUUUUUAGAUUUAUUUAUAAUCUAAUUCUGAAAGACGUUUUAUUUUGGAAAACUGUCUUCACCGCAUCCAAAUCAUUCUUGAAACAAGUCGCUCGGUCACGUGUCGAUACUUAAUCUUUCUUAAAGCGCUUGCGCCAACCGCUAAGUUGAGACCCCUAGCUAGCUAAGAAAGAAAUUUUCCUCACAAAGACAACAACCAGAAGAAGAACCUUAGACUUCAAAAUAAAAGAAAUCUGCAUUUAACACACAAAAACCAGGACUGGCUGUUUAAUGUUACGCUAAUAAAGGUUUAUUUUAUUAUAUUUAUAAAAUACCACAUUUUGCAAGCUCUUUUUCUGGGGGGGGGGGUUAUUAGUUGCAUCAUAAAAUUUGUGUGCAGCGAAAGUUAGCAUCCGAUUUUUUAGCUUCCACUUUGACAGUUAUGAGAAAUCCAGAUUACAUUUCAAUGGUUCCUACCUAAAAUCUAGUGUCUAAAGCAGCUGCUGACAUUUUACAGAGAAUGAAGACAAAUUUUAUCCGCAAAAGAAAAAUCAGACACCCACCUCAGCCUUGUACAGGCCGGUUCGUCAAAAUACGGCCUAUUGUCUAACAUUAAACGGGUCCAAAUCCUAAAAAAGGUUGAGGACCACUGGGCUAAAAGGACAUUUUAGCUAAAGUUCAGCACAGUUUAAAAAAAAAUCCGGAAUAAUGCUGAAUAUUAAUAACUAAAUACCAAUAAUCUGUUUUAAUAAAAAAAACAAUCCGUCAAGCUUUCCUUUUACCAUUUAUAAUGUUUCAAUAUCAAUUUAGUUGUGACACUGUAAAUCUAUUAAAAGAAAACUAACUCAAAAUAACAAAAAAAUCUUCGUGCUACAUUUGGAGAUAGAAUUUAAUUUUUUAUGUCAAUGCAUCAAAGCCCACAGAGAAUUUUACAUACAAGGUAGUCUGUGCUUUAUAUUUUCUUUCAGUCUUAGGGAUUUUAUUUUUACACUGAAGCUAUUUUUUCUGUAUUUUUAAGGAGCUCAGACGUUUUUGAAUAGGGUGAGGCACGGCGCUGCACAGCAGAACAAUCAGCAACAAAGAAAACACCAACAAUAAGAACCAAAUGUCUGAAGUAAAUUAGAGGACUGCACUGCACAACCACUUUGGGCUUUCAUUCCGGCUCAGACUCUCUGCUUCAGCAUUUAAAGGAUUUUUUUCAUUAUGUACACAAAGAGCCGGCAGCUCCUCUAUUCAGCGUUUGCAUAAAAAAGUUCACGAGCUUUUCUUGCUUGUAACUUUUUCAGACAAUGUGCGUCAAAAAUACUAAUGUUUCCAUUAGAGUUGCAGCAGAUUGAGCAUUUUUCACACAGCUGUUCUUUUUCAAUGCUUGAGAAAAAAAUUAAUUGAAUCGGCGGAGAGUUUAUUAGCAGGCUGUGUGUUUAAAGAAGUUAAAGGCAGCGAUUUGUGAAGGAAAUCUGGAUUCUCUCCUAGGAUGAGUCUUUAGCCAAAAUCGUAGGGGUUACACAACAAAACAACAAUCUCAUUCUCAGAUUUAUUAUCUAUUAUCUACUCUGGAGAACCCAAGAAAAGAAAUCCUGGGCUAUUUAUGUUAAUUAAACAACAUUUUUUAAACAAAACAAAAAAAAGUACAAAACACAGUAGCCAAAUGUGACCCCAUUGGGUUUUCCAGAAUAAAAACCCUAUUUAAGCCUACAACCAUAUCUGACCCUUAUCUCAUCAUUAUGAUCUAUACUUCCCUUAAAAACCCAACUCAUUUACAUCUCGGUCCAUGUUUUCUGGUCUGUAGUUCAUCAUCAUUCCACUGGGGGCAGUAUUGCUCUCCAGAAAUCUCAAAAACUCUUGGCAUGAAAGGUUUUGCUUUAUGGUGAGAUUAACUCAUUUAUUGUUAUUCAUUAUUUUAAAUACCUACUGACUGCACUGAAAUAAAUAAACAAUUAUUUAUUUACAGUUACUUCAUUUUAACAAUGUGUGGAUCAAAUUUAAGACGGUAGGUACAUAAGGUGCCUUUUCCUGAACACUCGUGCCAAUAUUUUUGUUAAACUGGUAUGUAGUAUAAUUGAUACUAUAUUGAUACUAUAUUUAUAUCUAUUUCAUUAAAAGAAAAAAAAGUAUUAUAAUUUUAUUGUAGAUUUCAUCAAAUCAUUAAAAAAAAUUCUUUGAUGUAUUGGGCUUUACAGGGUUUAAAAAAAAAACAAAAUAACAUGAUUAUAGAAUAAUAAAUGGCUUUACCCAAAAAAAGAUCACGCCAGAAAAUACAAUAGGCCUGUACACACAUGCUGCACAAACACGCGUGUGUUUUUCACAAAGCCUCCUCAGUAGCUGAUCUUAACAGUCCCUUAUCUGUUGCUGCAGUGAAGAUUGAAUGAGAUUCUGCUUGAUUCUGUUAUUUCUGCAACUCUAGUUUGUGUUCCCCGUGUUUCAUGUUGGCUUUUAGCCUGAUUGUUGUCGCUCUCCCUCAUUCAGUCACAUUAACACAUUUUCUGCAGCUGACUAAUAUUUAAAGACCCAGUUCGAUCGCCCUUUGAUCUUUUUUCAAAGAGUACCCAGUUGUCUUUUGAUAAAGAUUAUGUCGCUUUUUGUCAAAAUCUAAAAACCUGUGUGGUUUUUAUAGGACAUCAUUUUUGCAGAGCGCCAGGAGUUCGUUAGAAAUUCACCUCUGAGUUAUGGGUGGGACUGUUGGCGCAGAGCAACCACACACCUCUUUCUACACACACCCAUAACCAUCUGUUUACUUGUUAUCCCACUAGCUUACAGCCCCUCACAACCCCAACCCAACAGUACAGGUACAAUCAAAACAGUACAGGGCCUAUCCAGCCAUAAGGUUUUGAGCCAGAUCGGAAUGGAGGGGAUUUUCUACAUCAUGGAUAUGAUCUUUUUCAAAAGGAUUUUUUUUUUCAUCUGCUCCUGAUUAACAACGAUUUGAAUUAAAAAAUACUUAGAAAUGCAAUUUUAGGCCUAAUUUUCUUUAUAUAUCCCCUUAACGAAAAAAAGACCACAAGAACAUAUAAAAACACCAAAAACCCAAUUCAUAAGAGUAUGUCUUUAGGAUGUUCAAAGGGAAAAUGUAUCUCUAAACAGCUACACGAAGAUCUAAAAAAAAAAUCCCCAUGCAUGGCCUGAUUUGUGCGCACAGCAUCAUCUACUGCCAAAUCUCAGAUCACAGCAAAAGGACUUUUUUUAUUGCAAACCUGAUCAAGAGAAUUAACCCUACAGAUCUUGACUUUUGUCAGCUUAAUCAGACAACCUGAGAGGUUGAAUUUCAUCAAAAAAGCUCGUCUAAAUAUAAAUAUGUUUGCUAUGUAAUGUUUCCCUCUUUAACUACACUAGUAUGGCAUGUGUAAAAUUGGUUCCCAAGGAGAACUGGAGAUUUAUGUUUUGGUUAAAAACAGCUGCACACCAAAAUCAACAACAGACGUGAUACAGAUAUGGAUGCUAGGAACCCUUUUAGAUGUUUUAUUUUGAAAUUCAAAUUGACCUGUAAAAAUGUAGUGCAGCCCUCCUGUCAGUGUAAUAACGUAACGGACGCUUACGUUGUGAACAACCCAAAACAGGAAAUGUCAACAACUGUUUAUUGGUGAAUCCAGCAGGCGUGGAGGGCUUUUCCUGCUUGCUUUAUUUUUUUGGUUUUCUACCCAUUUUCUACUCAUGUUCUCAGGCUUGCAGGCAUUUGUGUGGGCAGCUCAUGAAAAUCAGGCCAAUCAGAGCACGGGAUCUGACAACAGCAGCCUGCAAUUGGAGCAGAGAAAAAUAUGACGCAAGAUGCACCAGGUGGAGCUUUAGGAAAACAAAAUAAGGCCACACUCAUUUGUUUCCCUAAUUAUCCAACCCAAAGACACACAUUUGCCUCAUUGGUAUUCUGUGAAUCAUAAAACACUUUUGGGGAGAAAUCUAUUGUGAAGCAGAGGACUGACCUGCAGCAAGAGUCAUGUUUUAAUCAAGAUGAUGACAUCGUAGGUGAACCGUGAGGGGUUAUUCCUUCAGGAAAAAUAAAAGAUGAAAAUACCUCACUGCACCCUUGAAUGUCUGGUGUGAGACAUUUAAAGUCAAGGAAGUAGGUGAGCUAUACCUAAGGUGGUGUCCAAAUUCCAUCACUACUCACUACUUAGUUCACUUUAUGGGCUGUUUGCUAUUUUGUAAGGAUAUCCAAAUCUACAAUUCCAAAAGUGCCCUACAAGUUUCCCAGAAGUCUCUGCAAAAAAACAGUGUGCACUAGAUUAAGGACUAGACCACAAUGCGAUACGUAUGAACGAUUUUCCAUGCUAAAAAAAAGAUUUAAUUUAUUUUUUAUAAACCAUCCAAGUUUUCUUCAUCAGAGUACAGUGGAUUCAUAAAUAGUCUUUGUAAAAUCUUUAUUUUUAUUAGGUUUUUACUUUGAGUUGUUAUUCUAAAUUAGGUUGUUAUUUUCCAUUAAAAAGGGAAGAAAAAAAACAGUAGUGAGCAUGAUCUUCGAAUUGCUUUGGAAAUCCAGGGCAGUAGAUUGUCCCCACACUUUAUAGUGUUUUUAUUAGUUAUGAUGAAAAGAGGGAAUUCAGACACAGCCUAAGAUAAAAAAAAAUAUUAUUUAAACAAAUCAUUGCAUUUAACUUACUAAAUUUAAUGUCUUGCUUAUUUUGCCAUUGAAGUAUUUUUUAAAUUGCUUGAUAAACAUAAGUUGGUUGUUUUUUCAUGGUGUAACGCUCUCUGUGACUCCACCCCUGAUAUGUAGUUGCCAUGACACCCAAACACGCAUGAAAAUAAGUUCACUGGAACUUUAUAAUAGCUAAUUCAUGCAGAGAAAGAAUACCAGUCCAUUUCAGUUUUUUUUAUUCCUACUAUGAUUAAUUUGACUCUGGAUUUAUUUAAAGCCUUUACCACAGUUUGACACUAAUAUUUCUUUGGUAAUUACAGAGUGACAGAAGUAAAUGCUGAUGCAAAUUGAAAAGAUUCAUUAAAAUUACAGAAAAACUCAUUAAACACGAUCCCUAGUUGUUUUCCAGAGGCAUUUUUGUGGACAUUUCAUUUUAUAAAGCCACAAUUUUUAUUUAAAAUGUGACUUUCCAUUAAUUCAUAUGGUGAGCAGAAUAAAACAAACAAACACAAACUCACAUACAUUUUUUUUGUAAAGCAUCAGCUUCAACAUUUCGACUGCAGAAGGCAAAGCUACAACUGCAUACAGGAAAGAAGACAUAAUAAAACAAAACUGGGUCAACAAAACCAACAAGUCUGUUUUAUAAUAAAACAUACCCUUUAUUUGGAUUUUAAAAAAUGAGAAAAAUCAAUUAUUUUUUGGCAGAGCAGCUUUAUUUCUGCGCCAUCUUUUGUACACAGAGCAAAAUUUAUCAAAGUAUUUUUCAGUGUUUCAAAGGCUCAAAACAAUUAAAAGGAAAUUAUAAAAUAUAUAGAAUGUCCCCAGCCCUCCCUCCACAUAAUAAAGCAUAAAAUGAUAAAAUGUGAAUAAAACUCAAAAAAUAAAUAGAAACAGAGAUUUAAGUGGAAAUAUUGCUUGAUGAUGUUGCAAAGAAAUCAUAAGCAACACAAAAAAUAUAUUUUUUUCCCAAUAUAAUUGAAAAUAUUGACAUUUCUCUAUAGAUUUUGAGAUGAUUUGUUUGAGAAAACUUCUUGAGUUGUGAUUUUUCAUUCUUUUUGUGUAUCAGAAUGAGUAUUUGAAGCACAGCUUUACAGUUUUUCACAUUUAGAGCACAGAUUAGAAUCCAUUUAACCCCAUAAUAACAUAGUUACAUAUCAUUCUAUACUUCACUGAGACUAUAAAUGCCAAAAUAGCUCCUUCUUUUUCUGCACUCACUCAACAAUGACAGACCUGAUAAAUGAACCUUCUAAUAAAAGGAACUCUUGGUUUUCUGUAGGAUUCACAAAUAAGAAAAAUGAUUUAUUUUUCUCAAUAAAUGAAAAACAUUCAACAAGUAAAGCUUUUUUGUAGCAAAUGGCUUUUACAGAGGAGAGAACAAAGCUGCAGAGCACCAAACCGAGCUCAGACAGGAUCUGCAGGUUGUCGGUCUGCACCUGGAUUUUUCCUGCUUCUUACGUCGAGCUCCCAAGGCCUGGAUUUUUUCUGCACCUGACUCGUCAGCACCACAGUGCUGCACAGAGACGGAGGGUUACAAAUCCAAAGAUUUCGAAUCGACCUGACUCAGCACCUGUACCGAGCUGUUUGCUCAGCCAGAAAGCAGGACAAGGUGCUUCAGUGCAGCAGAUUAUCCACAGCUAUGCUCCAAUUCCAUAACAAGGACACGCCCCUUUCCGCGACAUCAAAGGUCAAACGUUCCAUCACAAAAAAUCUGCAGCUCAGUGACGUUUGACAACAAGUGCCGCCCACCCCUGCUCUGUUGACUGACAGCAGGCCUGCGCCCAUCAGCCCCAGCGGCUGCCUUGUCCAUCCUCGCCUCCCACACCUGCAGGUGGAGGUCAGGCCUGCUUGUCAGAGGCGGGAAGUUUCUGGAAUGCCCGACGAGGCCCACAGACUCAGGUUCCGACAAAGCAGCGGGGGAUUUGGUAUUUUUUAUUUCCCUGUUUGGCUUUUGACAGCUUCUCCAUUUCCAUGUUUAUUUAUUUGUGUGUCAGUGUGUUCGGGCAACGCGAGGACAGUUUCUUAGACGACACGUGUCAACGCCCACCGGUAGCACCCACGUGUUCUUGUUGCAUUAGCAUUCUGUUUCCAUGUGUUUUUAGUUUUACAUUUUAGCCUGUAUCAAAGAAAAAAAAAAGAAAAUCAGCUGGAGCGUGAAUACUGCUGAUCAGGGUCAGAUUCUGUGUUUUUGUAGAUGAUCGUCCAUGUUUGAUCCAUAUUUUGCCUUUCGUGUUGUGGAUUGAGGUGGUGAAGGUGACAGGUGUGCUGUAGUGUCGUCAAGUUCUGGGAAGUGUUUUUGACUGCUGUAGCAGAAAAAUCUAUUUUUUACUAGAUGCAUAAAAUUCUAUUUUUGUUGUUUCGGUUUAAAAAGCAGCUUCAAGGUUCUGUAUAUAAUAAAAGAAAUGUGUGUUUGUGAUGAGAACGCUGAGGAUAGUAGAUGUGGAACAAAGGUGGUUUAUUUGAAGUGCUAGUAAAACAAAAGAGGUAAAAAAAAAUCCCGUCUGUUCUGAUCCGUAUCCAUGCUUUCUGCUGGCGCUGGAUUAGUGCUGCUGGGAACUCUGACUGUGGAAAAAACGGCAUUUGAGUGUUUUUCUAAAUUGAACCUAAGGGUAAAAAAAACUUAACACUAAAGGGCGCACCGGAUCCCAGGAUGCACCGUCACUGAAUGGCUAUAAUCUAACGUAGGUCCUAAAAGGCGCAUUGAGCGAGACAGAAGAGUCAGAUAAGUCUGUCAGUAAGUCAAACUUUAUUAUUUGCGUUCUCACUGGAACUCGUCUAACGCUCCACGUCAGCUACAAACAGUCAUGUUAGCGUAUCUGCAUUACCUGUAACUCCCAGCCUUGUUUGUAACACGUAAAUAAACAGACUGAUAUUGCUAAGACAGACAUUACUGUGACUACGCUAACCCACAACCUUAACGGGAAAGGUACCCAGACACCGGCUGAGUGUGCUUAAGGUAAGAAAAUAAAAGAAAAAAUGCGCUAUGAGUGUGGUUUCAUGAACACGCACUCAGCCCGUGGUGUUUACACCGGAUCAGCGCCGGACAGGCAGGGAGUGGCAGUUACUGGUUACUAGCUUUUGUUUAGUGUGUUUAGCGUGGAAUGUUAAAGCAGUGCAAAUCUCACAAACCUCUCUACAGCCUUUUUUUCUUCAUGACUCAAUUUUAAAGCGCUUUGUCGUUUUUUUUUUUUAACGGUGCAGAAAAUACGGUGAACUGUAUUUGGUUACGGAUGAAAAGAAAUCCCCCACUAAGUCUUCUUGGACCCCUGAUCAGGCCCACUUUAGAGCAAAUUAGUUCAAAACAAGAAUUCAUGGAUAAAUUUGAUGGGAUUAUUUAAUCCAGAACAGCUACAUGACUUCAUAAUUCAAGCCUGAUCAUGGCGCCCUUUUAGUGAUGAGAGGAUUUCUGUUCUCUGCACAUGAGCUGCCCUAAAACAAAGCAGCCAAAAUGAGGUUAAAUAGAAGAACAAUGACAAAUAUUUCAACUGCAUUAAAAAACAAAAACAGAUAAGCCCUAAAUUUAUGUUUAUCAUGGUUUAGCUAGUUUAAUUAGUUGGCUGCAUAUUUUUUUAACUGGACUAGACUAACAAGUGCAACACUUUUACAGUUUAAGGGUUUUAAACAGACAGAACCUAAGUUCCCUAUAGUUUCUACAAUUUCUACAAUUCUAAAAUCAAACAGUUUUUACUUUGUGUAUUGCUGGAUGGCACAUGACCUAUCUAUUCUGCACAUGGAAGACAAACACAAACAUUUAUUGAGGUUUUGCUGGUUUCUCCUUAUAAAUACUUCUAAUGUGAACUUCUGUUAGUAUCUGACUUUGCUGGGACGGUUGACAGAAGAGUCUAAAGAGUGUUGCAUAACUUGACACAGAAAUGGGAAUUUGGGGUAAAAAUUAACCCAUAUUUUUCACUUAACCCAGACGUUGGUUUAAAACUGAGCCGUUUUAGUUCAGUCUGAGUUGACCUUACAGGAGGAAGAGGAGGUUGUGGUGUCGUGCUGCAUAGACUUCGUAAUUGAUACUGCUUUUGCUGACUUUUUGAUUCUGCUAAACACAAGUGGUUUAAGAAACAAAUCUGGUUUGUGGCAUUGACUGUAUCUGAGAAGUGGAUGGAACCCAUAACUCAGAGUGUAAGUGUAAUGUCACCCAUGUAAACAAUUUAUUUCUGACUCUAACCAAAUAAAGUCAAUGCAGUCGCCAUUUUUUUCAUAAUAUGGACUCAGAUGUUGAGCCAGAAGUCGGUUUGAGUUUCCAUGGCAACCACUCUCCUCAAUUAGAAGUGAGCUUGUUGGAAGGACACACCAUUACCGAUUGAAAGAGAGCUACACAAAUCUGUCUAAUGUCUGAUGUGGGGGCAAGGAGGCUCCACCUACUUUUAUUUAGGCCAGUUUACAACUUUAAUUACUUGCACUACAGAAAAAAACUAGGAUUAUCAAGAAUAUGUUGGGGGGGAAAAAGGUGGAAUGGUUGUCCUGACCAAUAGAAUGACAAAGAUGUUUAAACAACAAGAUCAAUAGAAGCCAAAUUAAUUCUACCUAAGAUAUUCAGUCAAAACUUUAAUAGCUUUGAUUUCCUUUUUUUUACCCCUCAUUAUGUGGCUUGAAUCAUUUUAAGAGUGCAAUAACUGAAGAAACCAAAUAUGUGAAAGGUUAGUCCUCCAUGUGAAGUCAAGGCCAGCAGAUUCUGCCCUCUUUGGCAGAGACUCAUAACUUCCUGGGGAGUUAUGAGUCUCUUUGAGACAUAAAGAAUGAAUUCAUCACAGUUGUUUUACCAAAAGGCUGCAUCACUGUUUAUUGUGGGUUUAGGCAGCUCUCCGCUAAAGCAGGUGGAUGAUGGGGAUCCGUUCAGCUACAUUCUCUGCUUAUGUGUCUGUGUUUCCGGUUUCCAUGGCUUUGAACCACGAACGCGCCGAAGCUUCAUGUGGUCACUCCGUGUUGGUCUGACAUGCUAGCUUGUGAGCCGGCCCAGUCGCGGCUGGCAGGCGUCGGUGGUGGCUGUGACUGGAGUGCGGUAGAGUUCAGUGCCUAAACUUCGUGUGAGGUUGUGCCUCAACUUUGACUUCUGUUUCUCUAAUAAACUGUUUGGACUUGUU